GCUCCCCCCCGCGUCACGGGGUCCGCGCAAAGCAUUUCGGGAAAAGCAGUGCCGAAGUCCCGCAAGUUUUCUCUCUCCGCGCAUCGCGCCACAGCCUGACAGCCCUCAGGGCGGAUCCCUUUGAGACUGGGCUAAUGGAUAAGAAAUGGCGGUGGGAAAAAGGAGAUAGUAGCAAAGUGACCACGGUGGUGGCCACACCUGGCCAGGGUCCCGACCGCCCUCAAGAAGUCUCGUAUUCCGAUAUCAAAGUGAUCGGCAAUGGGUCCUUUGGCGUUGUCUACCAAGCCCGAUUAGCAGAUUCUGGCGAGCUGGUGGCUAUCAAGAAAGUAUUACAAGAUAAACGUUUCAAGAACCGGGAGCUGCAGAUCAUGCGGAAGCUGGAUCACUGCAAUAUUGUCCGCCUGCGAUAUUUCUUCUACUCGAGCGGAGAAAAGGCUCCCCUUGCCUCAUGCAAGAGGUGCCGGAUCACACUGCGUGUAUCAGAUACAGAUGGAGUUUCCUAUCCCACAAGGGAAAUAAACAACUUGCUUGUCUUUGGAGCACUAUAA